GAUGAAGGGACUAGGUGGAACACACUCAGCGCCAGCCUCGGCCAAUCACCCCGCCUCCGAGGCUCCUGCAUUCCCCCCUAGGAUCCCAGAUUGAGGUGGAGAUACACCCAAGCACCGGGAGAAUGCAGAAGACGCAGGUCUAGCAGUUCAUAAGUUAAGGUGCACUACUUUGAAGGAAGUAUGAAUAAUCAUUGAAUUAGGAGCUAACUUACAAAAUGUCGCUCUCAGGAUGAUGACACACUGAUAGCAAUAUCUGGAUGCUACAGGCAGGCAGCCAGGCAGUGAUCAGGAGGAAUAAGAAGCACAAUGGCACCUGGAGGCUUUGUGGAUUGGAGGGGAAACACCAUCAAUAAAGAGGUGCAUGGUGGAGUCAGAGCAGCAUGGUUUUUGUAUGUUCUAACUGUGGUAUCCAACAUGGCUAUUAUCCCAAACCUGCUGAAUUUGGUUAGUUAUCUCCAUGGAACAAUGCAUAUGGGGGUCUCGGGCUCUGCAACUACAACCACUAAUGUUUUUGGUGCCACAUCCGGGUUUGCACUGAUAGGAGCUUUCCUCUCUGACUCCUACAUUACUCGCUCUAGAACAAUGCUCCUUUUUGGUCCAUUUAUGUUUCUGGGAUAUGGAUUACUCGCACUGCAAGCCUACCUUCCCUCACUCCAUCCACCACCUUGCAACAUUGAAACAGAGCUAAACAACUGCAAAGAGGUCCAUGGAUGGAAUGCUACAUUAUUGUAUACAGCCUUGUAUAUGAGUGCAUUUGGUGAUGGUUUUAUCCGUGUUUGCUUGCCCUCCCUCGGAGCCGACCAAUUUGACCAUGAAGAUCCCUCUGAGUCCCGCCAACGGUCCAGCUUCUUUAACUGGUAUACCUUCGGAAUCUCCUCUGGAGGUUUUGUAGGGCUGAUUUUCAUAGUGUGGCUCGAGAACUACAAAGGGUGGGAUAUUGGACUCGGGGUGUGUGCCAUCUUAAUUUUGCUUGGAUUGCUCGUAGUUGCUGCUGGUCUCCCUUUCUACCGUAACCAACUACCAGAAGGAAGUCCUCUAACUCGAAUACUGCAGGUUCUUGUGGUUGCAUUUAGGAACAGGAAGCUGGAACUUCCCGAGAAACUGGAAGAAGAACAGAAAAGCUGUACUGGGACAAGGACAUGUUCUGUUGACGCACUCUCUCAAACAGAUACUCUGAAAUUCCUCAAUAAAGCUUGCAUCAACCGUGGCAAAAAUGGAGACUGGUCAGUUUGUAGUGUGGCGAAGGUGGAGGAUACGAAGAUUGUGCUGCGUGUGCUUCCUCUCUUCAUCAGCUCCAUGAUCAGUUAUAUAUCAAACGUUAUCCUCUUUACAUUCACUGUCCAGCAAGGUGGCAUGACGAACACCAGGCUUGGCAAGAUUCAUGUUUCUCCUGCGACACUCUUUAUCAUCCCCACCACAUUCCAAUUGAUAAUGCUAGCUGUCUAUGACCAGUUCAUUGUGCCAUUCUUGCGUAGACGCACCGGCUAUGUUGGCGGAGUCACUCAUUUGCAGCGCAUCGGCAUAGGCUUCGCCUCCAUGUUACUUGCGUCAGUCAUCGCAGCGAUUGUUGAGAAGAAGAGAAAGGAAGCUGUGGUGCAGAUGUCCCUGUUCUGGCUUGCACCUCAGUUCUUCCUGCUUGGCGUGGCAGAUGUGACGUCAUUCACCGGGCUCCUUGAGUUCUUCAACAGUGAGGCGCCACGAGGCAUGAAGUCUAUUGCCACUGCAUUGUUCUGGUGUGAGCUGGGGCUCGCAUCAUUGAUGGCCACAUUGCUAGUGGAAAUUGUAAACAGCGCCACAAGGCACGGGCACCAGGGAGGCUGGCUCGAGGGUACAACCUUGAACAGCAGCCAUCUUGACCUGUUCUAUUGGGUUGUGGCUGUUCUCGGAUUGCUUGGCUUCUUCAACUACCUGUACUGGGCUAAGAAGUAUAUGUACCAGCACAAUCCACACAUCGUUGAGAUGGCUGCCGAUCAGGAUCCACUUUGAGAUGAUGCAUAUCUGUUGUUCUUAUUUCAGUAAAAAGGAGGAAGAUGUCUGAUUCACCAGGACAUGGAUAGUCCAGUUUGCAAAACAAUGUAUAAGCCUGUACGAGUGUUCUGCUCUCACGUGCUUAUUGGUUGGGUUAAUCCUGUAUACUCCAUUUGUAAAAUCGCGAAAAGAAAUUGAUUUUGCCAUAACACUGUCUAGCCUGGAUAGUUCUUGGCAGACUAACAUCCAAGGUGCAAAUUUGUCACAUGUCUAAACAAUCAAGUUGUCA